GUGGGAGCAGGCCGGCCGGGCAGCCGCCAGUCCGGGGCAGCAGGAGGAGGCGGAGCGGCGGCGGCGGCGGCGUUGGCGAGGAGGCGGAGCGGCGCCCCUGAGGCGGCGGCGGCGGCGAGAUGAGUGGUACUGGAUCUAGUCCAAUGUCGACUAUUGCUCCAUCAGGCAGCGGAAGAGGGACUGGGAAAUCAACAAACUUUACUCCUGAACUGCAAAGUAUGAUGUUUUCACUAGGAGAUGCUCGCAGGCCUCUCCACGAGUCGGCAGUAUUGGUGGAAGACAUUGUCCACACUCAGCUAAUUAAUUUGUUACAACAAGCCUCUGAAGUUUCUCAAAUGAGAGGAGCAAGAGUAAUCUCUGCAGAAGAUCUUAUUUUUUUGAUGCGCAAAGAUAAGAAAAAGCUUAGAAGGCUACUUAAAUAUAUGUUUUUCCGAGACUACAAAUCUAAAGUUGUCAAAGGCAUUGAAGAAGAAGAUCUUCUUGAAGACAGACUCAGUAGCAGCAGCACCAAUAAACGUCAGAAAAUUGCUCAAGAUUUUCUUAUCUCUAUUGAUCAGACUGGAGAGCUGUUGGGCUUGUUGGAAGAUGAUGAGAUUGAUGAUGUAAAACUAGAGAGAAUGGAGAGGGCAGAAAGACAAGCACGAAUGAUGGACUCUGCGCAAUAUGCAGAAUUCUGUGAAAGUCGUCAACUAAGCUUUUCCAAGAAGGCUUCCAAGUUCCGGGACUGGCUGGACUGUAGCAGCAUGGAAAUAAAACCCAAUGCUGUUGCCAUGGAAAUUUUGGCUUAUUUAGCUUAUGAGACUGUCGCACAGCUGGUGGACCUGGCCCUUCUUGUCAAGCAGGACAUGACUCCCAAAGCCGGGGACCCUUUCAGCCAUGCAAUAUCUGCUACUUUCAUUCAGUAUCAUAGUUCUGCUGAGAUGCAUGUUUUGGGGCAAGCAACAAGUCUGAAGACCAGUCCCGACUCUCCUGAAAGCACCCCCCCACCAACGCCCACCCCUCCAGCUGCAGGCCCACAGCACCUUGGGAAGGCUCCAUCUGGCUCCAUGGGCAAUGGCAGCAUUGGGCAAGACUCCUCAAAAGCCAAACAGCGGAAGAGGAAGAAAAGUUCUGCCGCUUGUGGUGCAGAGGCUCAGAGUGAUGCCAUCCAGCCUUCCCACAUCAGAGAGGCCAUUCGGCGCUAUGGCCACAAGAUUGGACCCCUUUCCCCAUACACAAGCGCCUACCGCAGAAAUGGGAUGACUUUUCUUGCUUGCUAAUAUGGAUGUGGCUACAGCAACAGGAAAGACCAUGUUAUAUUAAGGUGAUUCCCCCUCCCCGCAUGACACCCUUCGGGAGGGGGGGGUAAAUAAAUAAAAGUUCCAGCCAGCAUGUGUCUACUGGUGAGUGGGCUGGUUUGUUGUGACUAUCAACUGGCUGACUGUCUCUUUUUUCAGCCCCCACUCAUUCUUACUCUUCUUUCCUAAAUGGAACAUUUAGGCAAUUAAUGGCAGGAUGUUUGGGCUAUUGUGUAGGUGGAUGAGAAUGCAGUAUCCCUUUUGUUAAUUUUAGUUCAUCACUAUAUAUCCUUUUACAUAGCAGGGCAAAAAGAAGCCAGCAUAUGGUUUAUUUUUUGUGCAUUAAACGGCAACUGAUCUUUCUUUUCUAUUUUUUUUUCCUUCUUGCCAGGAAAAGGGUUUUUUAGGGGUGUCAGUUAAAGUAUUGGGGGGGCCAGAAACUCCUAGUAAUUAAGCAUUCAGUGUCCGUUGAAAACUGGGGUACUGUAGCAGUUAUGUCCAUGAGCUGUGAGCCAGGAAGUCCUUACUGUGACCUUUAAGCUGAGCUAAGAACUCACCAAUCUUAGCUUCCAUCUGUGAUCAUUAUAAUAAUACUGGUUUACCUUGUUUGUUUUUUGAAAAACAGUCUUUUCCAAACUGUGAGAGAACUCCUAUUGUAGCAUGACAAAAUUAUUAUUAAAUAAAUAAAGCCUCCUGCGAGGCCAAACCACACACCCACUAUGGAUGUCCUUAGGCGAAAGUAAUUAUGGUGCAGCACUGUAUCAGGUGUAAUUGAAGCAUUUAUCAUCAUUCCUGGGGCGGAAAUGCUGCCUAGUUCUCCACCAUCAGAGAAGGCAGCCCAUUAUGUCUCUUAAGGUGAAGCUCCUUCAGUCAGGACACACACUCAGAGUGGCGAGUCAUGCACAGACACAGGGAGUGGACUCCUUGAAAAGCAGGUACUUGCUCUGUCACACUUUGAGAACACAUUUUCAGUUGCAAAAGUGAAAUGUGCAUACAGUUUUAAUACAGAAUAAUAGACGGGGGGAACUAUGCUUCUAUUCUUAGCAUCAUUGCUAAGAAGAAGAUAAUGGAAGUUCUUCAGACACUUGAGGGAAAGCUUGCACAACCUAGUAGAAUGAUUUUAGUGACUUCGUAUUCCGGUGGGGACUGCCUCCUUCUUCUCAUCAAACUAUGGAAUGGAGAUUGCCAGGGAACAUGUGGAGCUUCCCAUGCACAUUCCAUGUUAAAGAGCUCAAAACGAUGUGCCAGUGACACUUUGGUGUGUGCCAUUUCUGCUUUAAAAAAUAAAUGUUUAGAGGUACUCUCAUUUUCCUACUUGUAUUGAAAUACUGCCCCUCAAUGAGGCCAAAUUUAGAUUCACAAAAUGUUUAGGGGUAUGCGUACCCCUGCAUCCCCCCUGAAAAAAGCAGUGCCUAGGACCAUGGCAAGGGUCAAACGGAAGGCUCUUCUAUUUGAGGUAAACAAGGCCAAGUCACAGUGACCUUCAAAAAUCAAUAUUAAGAUUUAAGGUUUCCUAAGGAAUGACAUUGCUGAAAGCAAUCAAUCUUACUAGGCUUACUUUGCCUCAAAUGUCCCAUUCGUGUUUUCAGUAUUUUUUUCAGUGAAAUGUAUUAAGCUCUAUGUCUAUUGAGCAGCAAGUGUGUUAGAGCCAACUAAAUGGAAUUCAUGAGUUCACUAUCUGCUAAUUUGUCUGUACAUUCAUACAGUAAAUCUGUGGUCUUCAUGACGACUAUAGCAGAACCUAGUACAAAUUCUGGAGUGAGGUCUGAACGUGAACAUUGUUCUGGUUAUCGUUUUGGAUGGGAAGCGCAUUGAAUGUUUCACUUAAACUCUCCAAUAUCAACCCCUUGGCAAGCGCUGCUGCUGCAGCAAACUUAAUCAAAGGACUGAGAAAGAUUGCAAACAGAGGACAUUCACAAUCAACUAAAGGAAUGAUUUAUUAUAUAUACCAACCUUAUCACUGGACAGUUUUCAAAACUGGGUAUUCUUGUGAAUUGUUGCAGUUGAUACAGUAUUCUACUGUACGAACUGGCAGAGUUGUAAUUUUAAAAAAAUCCAUGUCAUUUUCCUGGAACUAAUCUGCAUGUUAAAGAACUAAAAAUAAUAUGUACAAUAAAGAAGAAGAAACAUUUCUGAUGUUCCGUCUUUGCUUGCUGAAAUGUAUGAUUAAACUUUUCUUUUUAUCAUGA